CAUGCUAGCAGCAGCAGGUCGUGUGAGCGGAUGAGAGGGUUGUAGUUCUUCAUGUUGUUCCCUGAAGACGAGGUCGACCUGUCAGCAUGCAGUCGGAGCAGCUGAUUGGCUGGCAGCAGGAGAAGGCGGAGCUUAAACGUGAGGUGUGUCGUCUGCAGGAGGAGCUGGCUGAGAGUGGAGCAGAGAGGGAGGAGCUAGAGUCCAGGAGCAGGGCUCUGAAUGACCGGCUGUUCCAGUCAGUGUGUCCCUCACUCGCCCUCUCUCUGCGGGGGGAGAGUGAGCAGAGGGAGUGGAAGAGGAGGGUGAGGGAGGGGAGGGAGAGGGAGGCCAGACAGGCUCUGCUCAUCCACCGCCUGCAGAACAAGGUGUUGGAGUACAGAGAUCAGUGUCAACAUCUGGAGCUUCAGCUGGAGGACCGAAAUACACAUCUGCUCAGCACCGAGAGGAGGAUCAGGGAUGAACACAGUGAUUCUCUGGAGAGCGCCCUCAUCAGGCUGGAGGAGGAACAACAGAGGUCUCUCGGUCUGGCUGACACAAACGCUCUCCUCCGGGAGCAGCUCAGCCAAUCAGAGCAGGCCAACCAGGCCCUGAGGGAGGACCUCCAGAAGCUGACAUGUGAUUGGACCAGAGCGGUGGAGGAGGCGGGGCAGAGAGAGGAUGAUUGGCAGAGAGAGAGGGAGUGUCUCUCAGGUCAUGUGGGUCAGCAGCAGGAUCGGUUGCUCUCAGUUUGGAGGUCUGUUGUUGCUCUGAGGCGAAACUGUCACACCGUCAAAACCGCCACAGACAGGGACUUGUGGCAGUUGAGGGCGGAGUUUUCUCGUCUCUCCUCGUCUCUCCUGUCCAGCUGUGACUCCGUCUCCUCCUCUCUGAGGCUCAGUUCUCCUCCCAUCAAACCCUCCUCCCCUGUGCCUCCCCCUCUUCUCCCAUCUGACCUCCCUCCCCCCUCCCCCCACACUCCUCUGUCCUCCACCCUGGUCCUCCCUCCUCCGGACUCCUCAACAUCUCUACCUCUUCUCAUCUCCUCCUCCACCCUGGGAACCUUCUGCUUGGGAGAGCUAGACAUUGAGGAGCUGUCUCACUCGCUGCAGGCUGAGGUCAGUCAGAAGGAGGUGCAGAGACAUGGAGACACAGAGAGGAGUCUCCAGUCCGUCAGUCAGGCUGUGGUCAAACUGUCCAGAGUCCUGAGCAGCAGCAGUCGGUCAGUGAGUGUCUCCACAGACAGCGUCCUCAGUCUGGAUCUGUCCUCCCUGCUGUCCGUCCUGUCUCAGGCUGAGAGCGCCCUCCAGAGGAGACAUGAGGAACUGCAGGGGGCGGAGCUCUCUCUGCGGCGGCUCGGUGAGGAGAAAACAGCUGUUCAGCUCCGACUGAAACAGCUGGAGGACGACAACCAGCUGCUGCACACACACUCCCAACACACACAGCUGGAGCUCACACACACUGUGGACCUACUGAGCAGGGAGCAGGAGGUGUCCGCCGCGCUGCGUCUCCAGUUGGAGGAGGUGCAGAGGAGGGAGGAGGAGCUGCAGAGAGAGAAGGAGCGUCUGAGGGGGGAGAGAGACAGACAGGAGGAGAGAGAGAGACAGCUGGAGACAGAAACACUCAGAAGAGUGGAGACAGAACUGAUGGAGAACGUCCAGCUGACGGAGAGAGAGACUCUGCACCGGAUGGAGAUCCACACUCUGAAGGGGGAGCUGGAGAGGCAGCAGCUGGACCGACAGAGAGCAGAAGAAGAGGCUGCUGACGCCAGAGACGCCCUGCAGAAGUGCAGAGACAGUGUGCUGUGUCUCUCCUCCUCUGAGUGUGUGCUGAGGAGGGAGGUGGAGGAGGCACGAGACGCUCUGGACAAGAUGGCCGCCCUGAACUCGUCUCUGGCGUCGGACAAGAGGGAGCUGAACCAACAGCUGCUGCAGCUGGAGUGUGAGCUGUCAGACAGCCAAUCACAGCUGCAGGCGGUGAGGUCAGAGGUCAGCUCUCUGCAGAGGGAGGUCAAAGCCUUAGACCUGGACUGCAGCCGGAUCAGAGCUCAGAGAGAGGAGGAGGCCGACGUCAUCCGUGAGCUCAGAGAAGGAGAGAGAGAGAAGGAGAGACUAAUGGAGGAGAAGGAGAGACAGUUGGUCUCCCUGAUGGAGGAGAGUGGGAGGGAAGGAGCUCAGCUGGAGGAGCUGUCCUCCCAGCAUGCCUCAGUGUGCAUGGAGCUGAAGGAGGCGCAGCAGCUUCUGAGGCAGCUAGAAGAGGAGGUGAGGAGGAGAGACCGGCAGCAGGAGGAGCAGCAGAGGGAGAGCAGGAGGCUGAUGGAGGAGCAGGAGCGUCUGCAGAGACAGAGGGAGCAGCUGGAGGAGGAGCUGCAGGAGCUCAGGAGUCUGUGUGUGUCUCUGCAGCAGACGCUCAGUCAGCAGCAGAAGACGCUCUCACAGUCAGAGGUGGACCGAUGUCAGCUGCAUAGGAGGAGCAAAGAGGCUCUACAGGGGGAGAUCGAGUGUCUACGAGGAGAAGUGGAGAGAACGACGGCCGGGAGAGAAGAGGAGAAGGAGAGGAGAGAAGUGGAGAGGAGGAGGAGUGAGGAGGAGAUGGAGGCGCUGAGGGAGGAGACUGAGAGGCUGACCAAGGAGGUGGAAGACCUGAGGAGGAGCAGAAGGGAAGAGGAAGAGGAGACGGAGGCCUGGCAGAGAGAGAGGGAGGCGCUGAGUGAGGAGCUGGGGACGAGGGACGGAGAGGUGGAGGCCCUGAGGAGGCGCAUAGAGGGGCUGAUGGAGGAGGAGCGAAACAGACAAAAGGAGGUGGAGAGGCUGAGAGAGGAGGCAACGAAGAAGGAGGCGCGUAUCAGCCUCAUGAUGGAGAGACUUCAGCAGGAGGAGGGAGAGAAGGAGAGACUGAAGGAGGAGGCGAACAGGACGGAGGUCAGGGUGAGAGAGGGGGAGGUGAAAAGGGAGGAGGAGAUCGAGGCGCUCUGUGACCGGAUGGAGAGAUUAGAAAGAGAGAGGGAGGAGAGGGAGGAGGAGAUGGAGCGAUUGAGGAGUGAAGCAGAGGAGGUGAAAAGAUGGAGGAGAAGGGUGGAGGAGGUGGAGGAGGAGAUAAACAGACUGAGAAACGAAACCUCUGAGCUAGAGGAGGAGGAGAAGAGAGAGAAGGAGAGACUGCAACACAAAGAGGAAGAGGAGAGGAGGAGGAGGGAGGAGGAGGUGGACCGACUCAGAGGGGAAGCUAGGAGAGCAGAGGAGGAGGUGGAGAGGCUGAUGGAGAAUGUGGGGGAGCUGGAGCUGCUGAGGGUGAGGCUGAAUGUGGCCAAGGAGGAAUGUGAGGAGAUGAAGGAGGAGGUGGAGCGGAGGGAGCGCAGCCUGGAGCGACAGAUGAGCUUUGUGAGGGAGAGGGAGGAGGAGGUGGAGGAGCUGAAGGAGCAGCUGAGGUUAGCAGUAGAACAGAAGGAGGAGGGAGAAAGGGAGCGUCAGGAGGCGAACGACAAACUGAAGCAGAAAGAAGGGAGGGAGGAGCAGCUGGAGGUGCUUCUGAAAGAAAGCCGGCUCCUCCUGGAGAAAGAGAGGAGGGAGGGAGGAGAAAAAGAUUUCAGGGUCUCCUCCCAGGAGAGGGAGCUGCAGGCGGCCCGGUCCGAAGGCGAGGGAGCAAGGAGGAGAGCCAGAGAGAGGGAGGAGGCCUGCAACAGGCUGGAGGAGGAGGUGAAGGAGUGGAGGGAGAAGGCUGAGCGGAGCUUGAGGGAGGUAGCAAAGUUCAACCAUAUCCUGAAGGAACGAGAGGAGGAGGCGCAGUCUCUAAGAGCCACGCUGGAGGAGAGGGAGGAGGAGGAUGGGAAAGAGAGGGAGGCACUGAGGAGAACAGAGGUGGAGAGGAGGAGAAGGCUGGACGACAAGCUGAUAGAGGUGGAGGAGGAGAAGAGAAGGCUGGAGGAGAAGGUGAGAGAGGUGGGGGAGGAGCGGGAGGAAGAUAGGGAGGCACUGAGGAGAACGAGGGAGGAGAGGAGGAGGUUGGAGGACCGAUUAGCGGAGAUGGUGAGGGAGGUGCAGGAGAAAGGAGAGGAUCUAAGGAGGACAGAGGAGGCAAAGAGGAGGCUUGAGGAUGAACUGAGAGAGGAGAAAGAGGAGCGAGGGAGACUGGUGGAAGCUGAGAGAAGUCAGCACCUCCUGUUGGAGGAAGAAGGGAGGUCCAGAACGAGAGAGCUAGAGGAGGAGAAGGCGGGACUGUCAGUGGAACUGUGGAGGAGCGAGAGGGAGCUGACAGCUCUCAGAGAGGAGGUGAAAAGGGAAGAAAGGAAGAAGAAGGAGGCCCAGGAGGAGAUGACAGCCCUUAAGGAGGCGGUACAAUGGGAGCAGAGGAGGGGGGAGGAGGAGCUGAGGAGGGCUGAAAAGGAGGUGGUAGCUCUCAGAGAGGAAUUGAAAAUGGAACAAAGGGAGAAGAAGGAGGCCCAGGAUGAGUGGAGGCAGAGGGAGGAGCUGAGGAGGACCACAGGGGAGGAGGAGGUGUCUGCACUGCAAGAGGAGUUACAAAAGGAACAAAGGGAGAAGACGGAGGCGCAGGAGGAGCUGAUGGAGAGAAGAGAAGAGCUGACAUCUCUCAGAGAGGAGCUGAAGAAGGAGAAGGAGCGAGUACAAGAGAUGUUAAUGAGGACAGAGAAGGAGGUGACAGUUCUCAGAGAGGAGGUGCAGAAGGAACAGAAGGAGAAGGAGUAUGUACAAGAGACGUUAAUGAGGACAGAGAAGGAGGUGAGGGCUCUCAGAGAGGAGGUGCAGAAAGAGAAGGAGUAUGUACAAGAGACGUUAAUAAGGACAGGGAGGGAGGGUACUGCUUUUAGAGAGGAGGUGCAGAAGGAACAGAAGGAGAAGGAGUAUGUACAAGCAACGUUAAUGAGGACGGAGAAGGAGGUGACAGCUCUCAAAGAGGAGGUGCAGAAGGAACAGAAGGAGAAGGAGUAUGUACAAGCAACGUUAAUGAGGACGGAGAAGGAGGUGACAGCUCUCAAAGAGGAGGUGCAGAAGGAACAGAAGGAGAAGGAGUAUGUACAAGCAACGUUAAUGAGGACGGAGAAGGAGGUGACAGCUCUCAAAGAGGAGGUGCAGAAGGAGAAGGAGCAACUACAAGAGACAUUAAUAAGGACAGAGAGGGAGGUGAAAAUGGAACAAAGGGAGAAGAAGGAGGCCCAGGAUGAGUGGAGGCAGAGGGAGGAGCUGAGGAGGACCACAGGGGAGGAGGAGUUACAAAAGGAACAAAGGGAGAAGACGGAGGCGCAGGAGGAGCUGAUGGAGAGAAGAGAAGAGCUGACAUCUCUCAGAGAGGAGCUGGAGAAGGAGCGAGUACAAGAGACAUUAAUGAGGACAGAGAAGGAGGUGACAGUUCUCAGAGAGGAGGUGCAGAAGGAACAGAAGGAGAAGGAGUAUGUACAAGAGACGUUAAUGAGGACAGAGAAGGAGGUGAGGGCUCUCAGAGAGGAGGUGCAGAAGGAACAGAAGGAGAAGGAGUAUGUACAAGAGACGUUAAUAAGGACAGGGAGGGAGGGUACUGCUCUUAGAGAGGAGGUGCAGAAGGAGCACAAUGAGAAGGAGCGAGUACAAGAGACGUUAAUGAAGACACUGAAGGAGGUGACAGCUCUCAGAGAGGAGGUGCAGAAGGAACAGAAGGAGAAGGAGUAUGUACAAGCAACGUUAAUGAGGACGGAGAAGGAGGUGACAGUUCUCAAAGAGGAGGUGCAGAAGGAGAAGGAGCAACUACAAGAGACAUUAAUAAGGACAGAGAGGGAGGUGAAAAGGGAACAAAGGGAGAAGAAGGAGGCCCAGGAUGAGUGGAGGCAGAGGGAGGAGGCCCAGGAGGAGCUGAGGAGGACCACGAGGGAGGAGGAGGUGUCUGCACUGCAAGAGGAGUUACAAAAGGAACAAAGGGAGAAGACGGAGGCGCAGGAGGAGCUGAUGGAGAGAAGAGAAGAGCUGACAUCUCUCAGAGAGGAGCUGAAGAAGGAGAAGGAGUAUGUACAAGAGAUGUUAAUGAGGACAGAGAAGGAGGUGAGGGCUCUCAGAGAGGAGGUGCAGAAGGAACAGAAGGAGAAGGAGUAUGUACAAGAGACGUUAAUAAUUACAGAGAAGGAGGUGAGGGCUCUCAGAGAGGAGGUGCAGAAGGAACAGAAGGAGAAGGAGUAUGUACAAGAGACGUUAAUAAUUACAGAGAAGGAGGUGAGGGCUCUCAGAGAGGAGGUGCAGAAGGAACAGAAGGAGAAGGAGUAUGUACAAGAGACGUUUAAUUACAGAGAAGGAGGUGAGGGCUCUCAGAGAGGAGGGCAGAAGGAACAGAGGAGGAGGGAGGAGGCCCAGGAGCUGAGAGGAGUGCAGCAGAGCAUGGAGGUGAACCUGAGCUACCUGCAGAGUCAGGUGUCUGAUGUGAGUCGGAGCAGGGAGCGAGAGAAGGAGCAGGAGAAGGAGCAGGAGGGUCUGAGGAUCGCCCUGCAGGAGGUGACCAAGCUGAAGCUCCUCCUGCAGGAGAGCCACACGGAGGGGGAGCGUCUGAGGAGCACCUUGAAGGAGGAGCUGGAGCAGGUCAGAGAGGAGAACCUGAGGACCGUCAGGGAGGAGGCGGAGAUGGAGAGAGGAGAGGUGGAGGAGCUGAGAGCUAGAGCCAAGGCCCUGGAGAGCAGGAGGAGAGAGAUGAUUGAGGAGCUGGAGGAGGCCAGGCAGGCCAAGGAGAAGGCAGAGGAGCACAGGAGGGAGGCUGAGGAGAGGUGGAGGAGCAGAGUGGAAGAGGUGGAGGAGGAGCAGGAGGUGAAGCUGAAAGCUCUGACGAUUGAAAUCCAGAGGCUGAGGGACAGAGAGGAGGAGAUGGAGAAGGAGUGGAAGUCGAGGGUGGAGGAGGUGAGGAGGGAGGCGGAGGAGGGCAGGGUCAGAGCCACAGCGGCCAUGAUGGAGGAGCAGAGAACUCGGAAAGAGGAGAUGGAUGGACGGAGAAGGAGGAGGAGGAGGAGAGACCAAGAGACAAAGGAGAAAGGAGGAGGAGGAGGGGAGGAGCACCAGGAGCAGGAGGAGGAGGAGGAGCAGAUCUCCUCACUGCUGCAGGAGAAGGAGGAGAUCAGGAGUCUGCUGAGGCAAAGAGAAGCUGAGGUGUACUCUCUGACUCAGAGGACAGACGAGCUGGAGAAAGACAGGGAUCGCGUCCGAUUGGCUCUGGAGCGAACAGAGGCAGCUAUGAUUGGCUACAGGGAGAGAGCCCACCAACGGGAGCAGAGCCUGGGGGCGGGGCUUAACACAGACAAGCAGUCAGUGGGGGACAGACUGGUCGUCCUGCAGAGUCUGGUUGCUGAACUGGAGCUGGAACAGAAACGACUGAACAAGAAGAACUGUCAUCUGGAAAAUCAGAAGGACAAACUGAAGAAAGACAGACACUCACUGAGGGACACACUGAGACAGGUGGAGGCGGAGCGUUCGAGGUUCAGACAGCAGCUGACUGACAGCAACAGAUCUCAGGAGUCUGCAGACACCACAGAAGAAGAACGCCUGAGGAGCAGAGUGAGAGAGCUGGAGGACCAGGUGAGUCAGCUCCGCCUCUCAUUGGCUGCUGAUCAGCAGCAGAGGGCAGAGUUCAUCCAGCAGUCCUCCAGGAACAGCCAAUGGCUGCUCUCGCUGAGACACGACCUCACCGAUUCGCUGGCCGCCGUCACGCGCCGUCCAAUCCCGUCCGUCCUGGAGUCUGAGACGCAGCGAUUGGACCGCAGCCUGAGGGAGGAGGAGCUUAGGCUGUCCCUCAGCCAAUCAUAACGACUGACUGAUGAAAUCGCUUAACUGAGGCUUUUCUCUGGACCAAAUGAACAGAACUCUUUAUUAUGAAGACACCUGAGAAACACAGAAUACAUAAAUAAAACUGUGUUUU